AUGCCCCACCCCCACCCCGACCCCAAAGAGAAACGCGAUGGAGGCAAGGCUACAGGAUCGAGCUCCACACAUGGCCCCAAACAGUCCAAGCCGAAACACCCACUCCCCAAACCCACCAAACAGAACAACAACGACAACGACAACGACCCCACCAAGACAGCCACACCCAAGCCCCCCGCCGAAGCGACGCGCGCCGCGCUCACCGCACGAAACCCCAACCCGACCACCGCACUCGAAGUCCUGGACUCGGAACUCCACACCUUCUUCGCGCAGGGCAUCCAAGCCGCCUCGCACCGAAUCACCGCGCUGCGGGUGGCCGUGCUGCGCGGCGAGACGGCGGUCGACCUGCGCCCGCGCGCGUCGGCCUACCCACCGCACCGAGGCCUGAAACCCGCGCGCCCGCGCCCGCGCCCGUCGAUCUGGCAUCUCAGCUACGUGGCGGCGACGCUGGUGCUGGUGCUGGCGAGCCCGGCGGAGCGGGGGGCGACGCUGGCGGCGCUGAAGUGGCAGUCGCAGGAGAUGGGGGGGCUGCCGUCGAUGGCGGAGAUCUGGAAGACGGGGUCGGCGGACCUGUCGCGGCGGUUCGCGCAGGCCAAGAAGGCCGCGAUCGAUGGCAAGGUCGCCACGGUGACGGUGCUGGGGGUCGAUCUGGUGGACGUGGAGAUGCUCGAUCGUGGGGAGAUCAAGAACCGCGAUCUGGACUAUACCUCGUUCGCGCACACGUUUGUCGUGGCGGUGGGCCGCGAGGGGUUCCGCGUCUACACGGCGUGGCGCGCGCAGGGCCAUCGGUUCGAUCAGGUUUUGGGGAAUGGCGGGUCGAGGCUUCGCUCGUGGGCGGAGUCGAGGUCCUUCCUCAGAAGCUUUGGUAGGCUCUGUCGGGCUCAGAAGAAAUGGUCGCCCGAGUUGAACAGUGCAUAUCAAGAGUGUUUUGGCAUCGAUCUGGACUCGAUCUGUGGGGAGGGACGUCCUAAGCUUCCGAUUGUCCCGGUUUAUCGACCUUGGGUUAGGAUCUUCGAGAUCAACGACGUUAAAGUCGAACAUAUCCAGAAGUUUACAUGGGAUGGCAGCACCCCGCAGAAAUCAUGAAGUGGAUCUUUGCUCAAGCAUGUUGGUUGGCUUUCUUGGUUACGAUGGUAGCCAUACGGUGUUUAUCAACAGUAUCUAAUCUGGUCGUCGAAUCUCUCGCCGCUGCACCUUCAGCUGGACAGCAGUGGGCUUGUUGAACCAAUAUUCUUGGGUUUCGAGGCAGGGGCCGGAUGGCGAAUCGAGCUCUAGAUGGAAGGUCCGGAGGAUCUGUGGUAUGACUUUGUACAACUCGCACAUCGCCAUCUUCAAGAUGCAUUAGUACCGACGUCGUCGC